AUGGAAGAAGCGUUGGAUACAGAGCCCAUCACGGUCAUUGCAUAUGAUCCUAAUGAAGAGGAAAAUGCGUGCCCAUUUCCGCAGCUCGACAUGUUUGAAAAAAACACGGAGCCCGCUCGCAUGCGCUAUACUGCCUUUGCAUCUGCAUGGCGCCGUGCGCGAGAGCGGCUUUUGCAGCUUUUGCACACCAUGUACGCGCCGGCGCUGGAGAGUGUGGUGGAAAAUAUUACAAAAAUUCCUAUGCUGCACGGCAAUGUAGUUCAUGGCGUCGCGAUCGACGCCAGUGGUUGCGCAACCUACGAAGGGAUCGCUGCGCUGCUUGCCGACAAGCUCUGCUGCGACAAACGUAUCAGCGUCGCUGUGACACCGUCGCAAUGUACAAACCUUGUUGCGGCGCUAUCUGCUUUUGUCACAGAGACAGUUUUGCAGGGCGAACGCGCAUUGGCAGAAGCGCACCGCUCGACAUCGUUCGAAGCACACGACGCAAAACGCGCCUCCAUGGCCGCCAUGUUUUACACGCACGAGCCUGGCGAUCUCGGUCUGCUCCCUGCGUUUUUUGAUGAAUCGUUUGGUGAAGAAUGGCCGCGUGUUACGCUGCUGCUUGUUGGCGUAGAGCAGUACCCUGUCGCCGUGCUCAACGAUUUCUUACAGGCACUGCUUACUUGGGCCUGCACACUGCCCUCAGCGCAUGCACAAUGGCUUUCUAUUGUGCUUGUAAAUACUGCGCCCACCCCUGUGUUGCUGCACACGCGUAUACCAGAUAAUGAGCGCAACGUGUGGGUGCAGGCGGUGCUCACUCAGCCAGUGCUGCACCUUCUUGACCUUUCGCACAUGUCCUUUCCCGACAAGACCGUGUUUUGGGAAGAGGUUGUGCUCCAGUUUUUUCUUGCGCCACAAACGGGACUGUGGCUAGGGCGCAGUAUGCUUGCGAUGGUGCGCCGAAGGUACUGGCAUAUUGAGGCCAGCUGGGAAAGCGUCGCGCAAUGUAUUCGCUUGUGCUACCAACACCACUUUCACACACGCGCCAUGUCUGCAUGCGCCGACUGUGCCUUUACUGAGAGCCAAAUCGAGCAAUCCUGGACGCCUGAGAUGUACGAUGCGAUGCGCGUGGCACUCUUUGCCGAGUAUGCACCGAGUGCCGCGCCCAAGAUACCCCGCUCCGUCCGCCCACUGCUUCGCGACAAUACAAAACUGCUGCGUCACCUGCCAGAGGUGCGCGCACAAAUGUAUGCCACAGAGACGAUGCGCAUCAUCAUGAUGACCGUACUCACCAUUUUAUUUGUAUAUACUGAUAUGCACGGCAUUCAUGGGACUAGGCUCAGCCUCACGGGAUGCCUGGCCACGCUGCUUGAGUGGGACCCUCCUUUCACGGACUGGGACAAGUGCCGGACCGCAGCAAGUGCGCUGACUGCGACCACACCCACCAGUGCACAGCUCCUUGCCCUUUUGCAGAACUUGUGCGCGACGAUUCCACCCUCACGCAUCGAGUCGAUGCUCGAUGCAAUGCUACUGGCGCUGCAAGCACGUAAAAAUGUGGUCGACCAUGAGAAUGCGUUGAUCAUCGAUGAAACAACUGCGCGUCUCGCGCAUCUCAAAAGCACGGCAGGUGCGCAAGGGACGCAGAGCGGCACAGACACCGACCCGCUUGCCGUGCGCGAUGUUUUUACAGCAUGGCUCACGGAUGCAUGGGCCGAUAUGCGCACCUACAAACCGUCCGGACUUGGCGCAGCGAUAUGGACGUAUGACUUUGCGGAUCCUAUUUCAGCGGCUUCGGAAGGUGCUGCGCGUGCGAGUCUCUUGAUUUCUCUCGACGAGCCUGGCGCUUCGCUCGCGUCCAUGUACGCUGCUGUGGCCGGCGCUUCGGGGCAGCGCCAGUUGGCUGUAGAGCACGAUUGGCCUGAGCAAACACUGGGUGGCUCGGAGGUAGCGGCGCUGCGCAGUGUGCUGCAAGAGGUGCAGGAUGCUGGCGUGCCAGAUGUAUGUCGCGCAUAUGCAUUGUACAAAGACUCGGCAAAGUUUAUCAAUCUUGCAGACUGGUUUGACGCAUUUUCGCAUUCUCUCGAAGCCGACGCUCGGGCAGAGAACACGCCUAUACCAUUUCAGGACGCAUUACAAGUGCGCUUCAGUCUUGCGAUCAAUGAACUUGCGCAUAUGGGACUUUUAAUGCCGACGGGGCGCAAACCCGAGCAUUUGACACGCAUGGUAUGGGACUUGGCGGUGGAUGGCCUCCCUGGAGAUGGAGCACAAUAA